AUGAUGGUGGUACAUGGUCCAAAGAAAGUCAAGACGUUGAGGCACGCAUAUAUGAAAACUCUCGCUGUUUCUCCCCUGGAGAGUUAUGAUCAAAUUUAUUCAAAUAGCUUCUUGACUUCUGCAGGUGGUGGCAGGGAUAAAGCCAAGCCCAAAUUUUCUUUUGGUUUCCAGUCAAGCAAGGAAGAUCUGCCUUUAGUUGUCAGGCGUAAGAAUGAGAAUGGGACAUCUUUGGAUAAUAUACCAUUACCUGAUCAACUUGAUGCUGCUUCUGACAGAGACAUGAACCAAUCAAUUGAUGAGCAUUCAAUGGCUGAAUUUCUAGACUGCUUUAAGGAGAGGAGUGGUCUGCUGCAAGGAAGUUCUAAAAUGGAUAUUGGGAAAAGAGGAAGGAACCCACAGAUUAUUCCAAAUAGAAAUUCAUCUCCAUCAGGUGAUAGAAGCAUGGAUGGUGAUGACCUAAUUGAAGCUUUGGGUAAUAGAAUGUCCAGUGAUGAUGAGGAGAACCCUCAAAGUGUCAAGUCAAAUAUUCCUUCCAGGACUAUGGUAGAUCAAUUUCAGGAAGCUUUUGGAACUGUUCCUGUGAGUGAUGAGAGGCCACACUUAGUGCUGCCUAGACCAUUGGGCUGUGGAUUGUUUGGAAGGUUGCAGCAAGUAAUUCAGAGUGAGAAGGAAAGGGAUUCCGAAUACUUGAAGAAUUUAUGUGCAGAAGACAGUUCAAAGGAUCAAGGAGAUUGCAUUGCUGUAAGAAUUUUGUCAAGGUCUCUGGAGGCAAAGCUGACUGUUUGUUCUUGCACUUUUAUUGGAGAUGGAGAGAGCUCGUAUUUGGGGGAGAACCUGCAAACUAAAAUGAGAAGCGGGGGAAGGACUUUGACUAUCAUUUUCAACUCAAGAAUAUGCAGUGAUGUUGACCUUGAAGCUGGCAACCUCAUUCGCAUACAUUACCCUUGGUAUGAGCUGCGCAAGUUUCUUUUCUACUUUGAGUUGUGGGGAUUUGAGUAUAAUUUCAAACAAUAG